AUGACGACUGACCAUAAGCAUACGGCGAAUCGCAGAAUUUAUACUGGACGGCGCCCGAUGGCUCUCUUGAAGGAGUUGCUCGAAGAAACUGAGAAGCAAAGGCUGUGCUUUUUUUGCGGACGAUACGUAGAUGCGAAUACACUACAGCGAACAUUUCGGAGGAAGCACUACAGUGCUGUACUGCUCUCAUCCCUCAUUUUGUCUAAUAAAGUCGAUCUCGAUAAGGCUAGAAGAUGUUAUGAAGCUUUUGUAAGAGCGGAACGCCAUAUCUGUUUGCAACAUAUAGUUGACGCUGGUCAAUUCAUCGCCUCAGAGAUGGGUUUAACUACUGGCUUUACAACCUACUUGAAUGAACCUCUGGUGUCGUAUGUUGGGACGGACAUCCCUUUUCAUCUAAUUGAUAAGCUUGAUAAAAAUGCAAAGAACUUUGAUGGUCAAUUCAUCGCCUCAGAGAUGGGUUUAACUACUGGCUUUACAACCUACUUGAAUGAACCUCUGGUGUCGUAUGUUGGGACGGACAUCCCUUUUCAUCUAAUUGAUAAGCUUGAUAAAAAUGCAAAGAAUUUUGAUGUAAAACUGGUCGUCACAGCGAAAAGAGUCAGCGACUUUUUGAAUUUUUGUCUAACACUCUAUCCUGUGAAUGGGUUCCGCCCAGUUCUAAAUGUCCAGCAAAACCGCACAGCACCGUUAGGGGAACCUUUGCCGGAUGGCGACAAGGAGUCCAGCGCAUAUGAAAUGAUUGAUGCAGAUCUUGAUCAUUCAUCUGAGAACUCAGCUGAACUGCAUUUUGAGGAACUAUUCCGCUCAUCCAAGGAUGUCAAAGAA